UCUAAUCCUUAGGUCAAUCCAAUUGCCUAAAGGUUGGUUUGUAACACAACUGCUACCCAUAAGCUAGCUGUUGGCUGAGAAAUAGUUGCAGCCGACUGGUCCGUUCAGAUCAUCAGACUACUUAAGCAUCGGUCUUCGUUUCCCUUCACAUCAGUCAAUUUUUCCAAUUUACUCGUUAAUUUCUCCUCUAGCAUCUCGACCUACGUACGAUGACUAACUCAUUUCCAACGAAGCGAACAUUCACGUACAAGGUGGACCCUACAGCGUGUCGCAUCGAUUGCGAUGUAUACGUACCCGAACAAGUCAUUAAACCAUGCCCAGUGAUCAUUUGGAUGCACUACAGUGGCAUGGUAUUUGAGAGUCGAAAUGCUGUUGGCAAUCACAUGUUUUUCUCUGGACCCAAGCGAGGUUACAUCGUGGUCAACGCAGACUAUCGACUAGCUCCUCAGGCUAAGAUGCAGGAUAUCUACGAAGAUGUCGAAGAUUGCGCGAAGUGGGUACGAGAGGUGCUGCCAAAGGAACUUGGGCCAGGUAUUGUCAAUUCACACAAAUUGAUCAUUGGUGGCGGAAGCUGUGGUGCUCAGCUUGCCCUCACGGCGGGUCUAUAUCUGCGCCCUCCUCCCAGAGCCGUUAUAGCAUUGUAUCCGCUAUGCGACCCCACCGACCCCACCUUUACAACAGCGACUAGGCCGAAGCCUCCACCCGGCCGGCAAAGUCUGAUUUCUUAUGAAGAAGUGGAGCAGUAUAUCGGGCCCGGUGCACCGGUAGUCUCCCAAUCCGAAACAUGCUUAGACAUUCCCCGUUUCGAGUACUGGGGGCGGGCAAUGGCAUACUUUCACAUGUUACAGGAAGGAACCUACCUGUCUUCGGUAUACGGACCGUUGUCCAAGUCGGAGAUAGACGCGAAAUGGUCAAUUCCUAAGAACGUGUCCGAUAGCUUUCCGCCAACCUUCGUCGCACAUGCCCAGAGCGACAGGUUCAUCCCGCACACCGAGAGUGAGAAGUUGGUUAAAACUUUGAAGGAUAAUGGAGUACAACAUGAAUGGUGGAGCAUUCCCGGAGAUCACGACCACGGGUUUGACUGUUGGGACAUGACUGCUGGGGAGCAGACCGAUUUUGAAAAGGACUUUGCCAACAGGCUGUGGCCUUGGCUCGACAGUAUGCUUGGAAAUUAAUUUUCACACGCCUCAAGUAGCUUUCAAGGCUGCCAGAAACGAUGUGGCAUAGUGCCGAUGCAAUGCUUUUGGCCAUAUUGUCCAAAAUAUCAACAUGUUGACAUU